AAAUAAAAAAUUGAGGGUAGAUGUGAAUCACACGCCACCGAACAGCGUAUCUUUUGAUGUAUCAUACGAGAUACAAACACAGGUCCAUAGACCCUAAUACACCUCAACCACACAUUUACAACAUGUAAUAACAAAAAAGAUUAAAAAUUAAGAAAGUGAACGUGACGUAAUAAGAUUCGUCACAGUCCGUCUACCUUUUAACACGUGUUCGUAGCGUCACCUCACAGUCACGUUUCUCUACACUCUACUUCACUUCUCUAUUCUAUUCUGCCCUUUCCCUUUCUCUUUCUCUAUGUGAACUCAUCGUGAUCAGCAUCCAAACGCACUCAUCUCCUUACACGUGUACUUUUAACAGAAAAAAAUAGCGGGUGCAGGAUUUGGUAUAUAUUUUGGAUCUACCUCCACAAUAAGCAUCUUGGUUCUCGAUUCUCAGCAUCUCUUAUCAGAUCCCAUAACCCAGUUGCCUCAUCUGACGGCUCACCUUCCAUCUCAAUUUCCCUUAUAUACCCAUUAUGUCUCCUCCAUUUUUCAUCCACACAACCUGAAUGCAACACUGCAACCAUUCCGUAACACCCAUCAAAAACAACCAUGAACGUCUUGGAUUCUCCUAUUGAAGCUUUGGCUUUUGAUUAUGUAAGCUUUGGGAUCUUUGCUGUUGUCAAUAAUCUAUGGACGUGGGUCGCUCUUGUCAUGGCAGCUGUCAGCUUCUGGAGGAUCAGAAACGCCGGUGCCGUUGCACUUUCCGGCAAAUCGGAGACACUUUCUUCAGCUACUUGUAUUGACGGGCUCCGGAACGUGAAUGAUUCUAAGCAGGUUCUCGAAACAUCGGUACCCGAGCCAGCUACUCAGGCACUGCCACCACAAACGCCAUCAUCUUCAGGCCCAGCUCCAACUGCAUCGGUUUUUGAAGAUGACGGAGUUACCAGAGGGACGAAGUUUGUAAUGUAUUACGAAAAUGAAAGAGAAAGUGACGGGAACGAAGACGACGAGUUAACGGUGGUUGGAGAUCAGUGGGGAUAUGGAAGUGGAAGUGAUGAUUGCUAUGGUGGUGGGUUGGGAGAGUGGUGGGAGAGAGUGAUAAGGAUGAGAAAGGGGGAUAUGGGAUGGUACAUGUACCAGGAUUUGACGGCGAUAAACGGCAACGUCGUUAGAUUAUGGGAUGGAAAAAAGAAGCAAUCGUCAAGCUGCGGUGUAUGGUAAAUUGGUAAUGGUAGCCGUUGGUGAUAAUAGAAGCUUAUUAUGAAAUGUAAAUAUAUUAAUUUUGAGUUGCAGAAAUGUUGUACACCAAAACAAUUGCUUAAUGUUGCAUUUUUGCCUAA